UUGUCCCAUUUUGACUUUUUUGUUUUGUUCUGUUUUGCGAAUGACACUAUAAGACACCCUAACUCCAUCAUCCAACCACAUACGCGAAAAUAUCAUACUGUCCAUUUCAUCUAAUCGACCUUCCUUUCAUAGCUAUAUCGCAGCCGGUUCAAUCACGGAAGAAGUGUACAUUAUAUUCAGGGUUUUGACUGUCCCUGGCCUACUUCCCCCACGAGCGCGCUAAAUCCAUACCGGAAUGGAUCUAACAACAUGUUUAACCAUAACAAUGUUGUUACUCGCCAUGAUUGUCAUGAAGGCAUUUGGGAGAAGAAUUGUUGGUCCAUUUCAGAAGGAAAGAUCACUUCCUCCUGUGGUGAGUGGGGUUUCUCUGAUGGCAGCUUUGCCUAGACUUGUGACUCAUGGUCUACAAGCUGUAGUGCAAGACCUGCAUACAAAGUUGGGCAGCGUGUUCACAGUGGACCUUUUUGGGGUGAGGAAAGUUACAUUUCUGGUAGGGCCGGAGGUCACAGCUCAUUUCUUUCAAGCGUCAGACUCAGAGAUCAACCUCGGGAAUUUGUAUGAGUUCACUGUGCCAAUCUUCGGCCAAGGGGUCAUGUAUGAUGUGGAUUUGGCAACUAGAAGCAAGCAGAUCCACUUUUGUACCGAUGCUAUACAGCCCAUGAAGUUGAAAAACCACGUGGAUUCUAUGGUUCAAGAAGUGCAGGACUACUUUGCAAAAUGGGGACAACAUGGCAUAGUUGAUCUAAAGCACGAGGUGAGGGACGUGCUCAUGCUGAUGGCCUGUAGGUGCCUGCUAGGAGAGGAGAUCCGCGAGAAGAUGUUGGACGAAGUGUGCACGCUCCUCCAUGAUCUUGGUGAGGAUGGCUUCCACCUAAUCAGCUUCUUCCUCCCAUAUCUCCCGACCCCAUCCCACAAGAGGCGCGACAGAGCGCGCGCUAAGCUAGGAGAAAUAUUCCAUGGCAUGGUGAGAUCACGUAAGAGCUCAUGCCGUGUCGGCACCGACGUGCUACAGAACUUCAUAGACGCAAAGUAUAGGGACGGACGCUGCAUGACCGAGGACGAGAUCACCGGGUUACUAAUCGCCCUGUUGUUCGGUGGGCAUCAUGCCAGCUCAAGCACCACCACAUGGACGGGAGCCUGCCUACUCAGCCAUGAAAAAUACUUGACAGCUGCAAUCGAAGAGCAGAAGAAACUCAUUGGGCAACACGGAGAUCAAGUAGAUUAUGUCACCUUGUCGGAGAUGGGCACCUUGCAUUGCUGUAUCAAGGAGGCACUAAGGAUGCACUCUGCAUCACCACUGCUAAUCCGUCAGGUGAAGAAGAGCUUCACUGUGCGAACCAGAGAAGGCGACAAAUAUGAGAUCUCUGAGGGGCAUACCCUAGCAAGCUCCACGGUGGUUGGCAACAAUCUGUCGUACAUCUAUAGAGAUCCGCAUGUGUAUGAUCCAUAUCGGUUUAGCCCCGGGAGAGAGGAGGACAGAGUUGGUGGCAAGUUCUCAUACACAUCGUUUAGUGGGGGGAGACAUGCCUGCUUGGGAGAGGAUUUUGCGUACAUGCAAAUCAAGGUGAUAUGGAGCUAUUUGCUUAGGAACUUUGAGCUCACAUUGGUUUCUCCGUUCCCAGAGGAUGAAUGGGAGAAAUUCGUUCCUGGUCCUAGAGGGAAAGUGAUGGUUAGGUACCAGAGACGACCUCUAGUUUAAUUAGCCCCUAGUUUGAACUUUGUACGAUUGCGUUUAUGGGUGUGGGUGUAAAUGAUCAAAUUUAUGUUUCAAAAGGAGUAUGAAUUGUGCU